AGGUGAUCGUGGUAUAUGGGCGCUAUCGCGUCCUCACUUCCGCAAAUACCAAAGCGGAGGCUCGAGCGAAGGACUGUUUUUGGUCGUGAUGAGUUUGUGGCCCUCGUCAUGGCCCUCAAGUCGGCCGGCGGCGAGUGCUUUGACCGAUCUGUCUUUGUCGACGCUGUUGGCUAUGUCCUCGAUCAUCCCGAGCUGCCGGCACAGCGCAAGCUGAAAACCAUCGACAUUGUCGUGACGCGGACAAAGGGUCCAGGCUCUGGUCGCGCCCUUGCCGAACUCGACGACGAAGGCCUGUUUGAGCUCGGUAGCGCCUCGGCGAGCGGCCGCCUUGACGGGAGCUCCAGCGACAGCAGCGAGAGCGAAGGGACGGCGUGGGCGCAGCGAAUGGCUUGCCGCAGCCUGCGCGCCUCGCUCGAUGCCCGUCGCCUCGGCCGGGCUCUGUUUGCGCUCUUUGCUGACGCUGACGGCGAGAGCAAGAGCAAGAGCGUCCGCCUCACCGAGCUCACCAUGUUCGCCGCCAUGCUCGACGACAAGACCCGGCCGCACAAGGUCGACCGCAUGACGACGGUCUUCCACGGCAAGGUCCGCGGCGCAGUUGACGGGGCUGAGCUUGCCUCUGCCCUUGCUGCCAUUGUGCGGAACAUCAAGCGGCUGGCCGUCGGCCCGCCCGGUGGCGACUGGCUCCUCGCCUCGGCUGCUCUGCCCCGCAUCGGCGCCGCAGCUCUUGCCCUGACUGCUAAGGAGGAGCGAGCGUGCCGGCGUGGCGCUCGGGCCAUGCUGGCGCGGAUCUCGGGCUCGCACAUGACAUUUGCAGACGUGCUCAACGAACUUGACACCGGCGACGUCCGCCUCGUCCUUGACUGGCUCGUUGCGCUCUCGCUCGCCUGGCCAGACACGAUCUCGCCGGCGGCCGUGCAGAGGCUCCCUUCUCGGGCGCCCGCGCCUGCCCAAGGCCUCUCGUCGCUCUCGACCGAGUACUCGUCCGAGCUGUAGUUUGCGCGCGUUUUACUCUCCGCCGCCUCGCCGACCGCGGCCUACAGCAGGUUGUCCAUAUCGAUCUGGGCGUCGGUGAGCCGGUCCUGGGUGGCGUCGACGUGGGUGACGAGCGUGUCGAGUAGCUCGUUCUGUCGGUCGAGCUCCUCGCCAAUGAGGCGCCCGAUCUUGAUCUGCCGCUCCAGCGUCUUGGACAGCUCCUCUAGUCCUGCAUCCUGUGCUGCGAUGAUCUGGCGCUGGAGCAUGAGCAGCUCCUCGGUCUCGGUCUCGUCGUACUCGUGGGCUUGGAGCACGCCCGACGACGAGCCUGCGCUCCAGUCGUACGACGAGCUCGUCUCGGGUGGGCGG